UUCAGACCACUGGGUGGAGGUAAAACCUUAGUAAGCUACUUUGCAAACUGCUAAUAAAUCCAACGAAGAAGAAAAUGUAACCACAAGGUUUCACAUUCUGCUGCAGAUCCAGAUGACUUGAGGAAAACAUCACAGUUACUGACAGACUGAACAUGGCAACACCUGUGUCUGUGCUCCGCCUGCCAAAAGGACCAGACCCCAACAGUCGAGGAUUCGAUCCCAAAUCACCUCGCUACAUAGCCCUGUGCCGUACCUCCAUCCCCACUUCUGCUGAGUCAGAGUCCGACUCCAACCAUCUGAUGAAAGAGCAACAUGCACGAUCCAGGCUGAGGGAGAGUUUCCUCCGAUGUCUCCUCUCGAUGAACAACAAGAAGGUUCAGUUCAACAUGCAUGAGAAGGUGAAGGUGGAAGCCACGUUUGGAGCGUCUGACAUCGAUGUGCUGAACUUUCAGGUGUCAGACCUGCACACUCCAAUCGGGGUGCAGAAAGAGGCGCUGAUAAGAUGUCAGGACGUAAUCUCGCUCAAUUUUGAUGUGUGAUCAUGAGUGUAUGAUCUCUGUUUUCCCUGUCUUUGAACACUUGACAAAAUGUGGUGAUAUUUUGGGUGAGCACUGUGGGUGUGCAUUGCUGCUUUUAACCCUGGUUCAUUUAUUCAGCCUAUCAUGCAGCCCAGGGUGAGGGAGCUUUCAAAGAUCCAACAAGCUGUCCUAAUUUUCUACCACAAGAGGGAGCCCCUUGCCUGGUCAGAGAUGCCAAAGCCUGAUGUGGAAGCUUGUUGAGGUUUUCACUUGGAUCUGUAGACAAUGUUGGGAGAGUCAAAUGUCAUAAUUGAGUAAACAUUUAAUGUUUAUUUAGCCAUUAAUCUGUGUUGAUUUAACCUAAAAUGUCAUGGGAUGCUUUCCUUUCAAUCAUCACUUAUGACUAUGUCUCCCAUUUCUGCUCUUCAGCACAAUAAUUUGUGUAAACCAUAAGCACUGUUUUCUCUCUGUAAACAUUAAAGGGAGAAUAUCACUGUACUUGUGA